UAAAUAAAAUUCAAGUCUGCCAUUACUCCUCACAAAUAUACAACAAGAAUUAAGCUUUUGAUUUUGUUCUCACAAACAACAAGGUUAAUUAAUUAUCGACUCAAAUCGAAAUGGAAGAGGCCAACAACAACAACAACAACAACAACAACAACAACAACAACAAUAAUGUUGUUCUGUUGAAUUUCUGGCCAAGCUCUUAUGGGAUGAGAGUGAAAAUCGCCUUGGCUGAGAAAGGGAUCGAGUACGAGGCCAAGGAAGAGGAGAACUUGUGGGGGGACAAGAGUCCUCUGCUUCUGGAGAUGAACCCGGUUUACAAGACCGUCCCGGUUUUGAUUCACAACGGCAAAUCCAUAUGUGAAUCCCUCGUCAUCGUUCAAUACAUUGAUGACACAUGGCAUGGAAGUUCCCCUUUGCUUCCCUCCGACCCCUAUGAGCGUUCGCAAGCCAGGUUUUGGGCUGAUUACAUCUGCAAGAAGCUAUACAACAUUGCUUACAAGGUAUGGAAGGUAAAAGGGGAAGAGCAAGAAGCAUUUAAGAAGGAAUUCAUGGAAUGCUUGAAGACUUUGGAAGGAGAACUUGGAGACGAGCAUUAUUUUGGGGGAGACACCUUUGGAUAUGUGGAUGUGGUUCUUGUUUCCCUUUCUCCCUGGUUUUAUACCAUUGAAACUUUUGCCAAUUUCUGUAUAGAAACCGAGUCCCCUAAGAUUGUUUUGUGGGUUAAGAGGUGUAUGGAGAGAGAAAGUGUCUCCAAGUCUCUUCCUGAUCCUCAACAGAUCUAUGGAUUUGCCUUGGAAUAUAAGCAGAAGUUUGGCAUUGAAUAAGCACUAUUGUUGGACUAUGGCAUUGAAGUGAAUAUGUAUGGAAAGAUAAAAACAGAGCUCGGAGUGAUCUUUUUUCUAUUUUGUUUUGUUUUUUAUUUGCAUGCCAUUUGACUCUUUAUACGGAAAUAAAAUGGGGGAAUUUACAAAUCAGUGAUAAGACCAAAAAAAUUAUAAAGCACUGAUAUGCAAUUUAUUUUUUUGUCAUACACUGAAAUGCAAUUUGCUCAAUAAAAUAGUACUGGGAAUUAAAUGGUCCCAUGUUCAUUGUUGUAAUAAAACAAACCUUUUGGGUUUGGUAUUCACUUAAAAAAAA